GAGGCAUAUCAGUUAGCAUUAAAUAAGUUUAAAAAACAUAUCGAUCAACAUCAGAUUUUAUCUUUAUUUAAGGCAAUUCAAUGUUUUGAUCCUUAUUAUUUUUAUUCACAACAAAGUCAACAGAAUAUUAAGG